AUGAGUAUUAUUCAUUAUUCUUUACAAUACAACUGUAAGUCAUUUUGCAUUUUUACAUAUUUUCUUAUUCCCUCAUACUGGAAGUGUUCCACAUAUAAUAUUCCUCAAUAUCGUUCACAAAAUAAAAAUAAUUUCAUUUCCUUCUGUAUUCAGUUUCUUGUGCAGCAGUGUGUACUAAUCAUCCAUAAAGUUUUUAAUUUGCCAAAUACAUCAUUACGAAACUAUUUUCCACAAAUAAACAAACAAAUAAACAACCAAACAUUUUUAAAUGUUGUUGUGAAACGGAAAUUGAAUCACGGAAAAUUGUGGGGCGCACACGUAAUGGGCACCAUGAAUGCCUCUUUGGAUAUUCCUCUAUGGAUUUUCACCAGCAUCAUCAACUUACUUUUUGUGUAA